GGGCGGUGCUGUGGCGCCGUGCGGGAGCAGGAGCGGGGCUCGGUGCGCUCGCGCCGUUCCUCGGCCCUCAUGGCUCCUGCCCGCAGGAAGGCGGCCGCGGGCGCGCGCGGCAGGAAGCUGAGCGCCUUCCUGAAGGACUUCGACCGGGAGGUGAGGAGCCGGGUCGAGCAGCUGCGGACGAACGGGGAGCGCCUGGUCAAGGAGAUGGAGAACCUGUACGACGUGGAGCUCCUCCGGCUGCCCGCGGCGCUCCGCGAGAUGAACUGGCUGGAGUUCUUCGCUAAAGGGGGAAGCCAGAAAGUCGUGGAGGAGGCGGUGACGGAGAGGAGCGCUGCUGCGAUAGCGCGGGUUACGCACGCAGCUGCUGCGUUAAGACUUAGCAGGAGGAGAUCCUGUGGUGUCCCCCGCAGGGCUUGCGUGCUCGCGCUGCUCCUUGCCUGGCUUGCCAGGCCUGCUUAAUUUCACGGACAAUGUGAACAACGGGAUUCUGUUGGUUUGAACGUUCCAGAAACUUUGAGGGGGAGAAAAGGAGAAGGGUGGGAGGAGGGAACCCGUGAAAACAUCUCUCUGCCCAUUGACAGAUUCCCUGGGAAGAAGGCAGUGGAGGGAAUGAAAGCAUUAGCACCCUCGGGACUUUGAAGUAACUUCUGAGGCUCAAACUGUGCCGCGUUGUAUACGAACACCAGACGGGUGUCCCAGCUGUGCUUUUCGGGCUCUCGUAUAUUUAUUUUUAUAUGUAUAUAUACACACAGAGCUUCAAAGAACAGAGUGUCAUUCUCAGAAAUGUUCCAGUAGGUUCGAAGUAACGUAAUCUCUCCCUUGCAGGUGACGCUGACCGAGCCUCAGGAGCCCCGGGCGGCACGUGGCUAGAAGUGAGAGCUCAGUCCAUCUGCAGGUGUCGGCAGCGUGCGCUACGGCUUUGUACUGGUUGGGGUGCGAGGCCGAAAAGGCGUGGCGGGCGUGGCUCCAGGCCAGCCAGGAGAUGUCACAGCACAGAUGACAUCACCCGGAGCCCGUGUGCUGUCACAAUGCAUUGCCAUGACGACGCCGGGCCCUCCCCAAGGACAGCUGGCCGCUGGCUCCAGGCGCCUCAUUUGUGAGCUGUGCUGCCCGCAGCCGCUCGCCGUGCCCUGUGCCUGAGAGCAGCCCCAGCAGCAGACUAGCUCAGCCUCAUCGCGCUCGUCCUCCAAGGCUCAGAGAGGUUUGGAGGCACAUGCCUGCCAGCAUGGACGGAGCCUGGGUGGGGACCUGGAGACCUCAUCGCCCACGCGGCCUCAUCUCGGCCCAGUUCCCCAGCCCCGGGCCCCAGUACUCCAUCCCGGGGACAACAGGUUAUGUGGGCCACAGCCCCACCAAAGCCCGUGCCCCCGCCUACACGUUUAGAGGGACCAAACCGCCUGCGGCAGGGAGCUGCGGGCCAGGUCCCUGCUACUUUGUGGAGCCCGCCAUCACCAGGAACGGGAAGUACGUGGCUCCGGGCGCCCAGCUCCGGGGACGACCCGCGACGAAGACCACCGUCACUCCCGGACCAAGUGACUACCGCACCGAGGCAGCCAACAGGCACGUCUUCAAGUGCCCACCGGUGCAGUCCAUGGCCUUCCGGCGGGAGCCCCUCCGGACAGACCACCCUCCAGGUCCUGGCACCUACACGCUGCCCAGGCUGAUGGGGCCCAACACAGUCUACACAUCGGCCAGCCCCUGCUACUCUGUGAGGGGAAGGAGCCAGCGAGGUCGGUUUGACGAAGACCUUGCCAAGACUCCGGGUCCUGCGGCGCUCCCCAAAGUGCCUGUGGAUGCCUACAAGACCAGGGCGCCCGCGUACACGAUGGCAGCCCGACCAAAAGCUGGAGAGGGCAAAGCAGCGAAGCCCGGGCCGGCAGACUACAGCGUAGGCCGGGUGACGCUGAUCAAGCCCCAGGCGCCUGCAUCCACGUUUGGAAUCCGGCAUUCCCUCUACACAACCCCUCUCAUCGUGGAGUGAAACAACAAAGCCUGGAAGGCCUGGUUUCCUUUCCUGGAACGGAAGGGGAGGGGAAGAGAGAGCGACCAUCUGCCGGUUUCCCUUUGAUUCCAUUUCCCUGCCUCGUGCCUCGGGUUGGGCUUUUGCCCAUUUUACUGUUGGAUGCUAGCAAUAGGAGUAAGUCGUUAAUAAAAUGUACCUUUAUGUAUA